AUGUCUCACGCAGUGACAGCUGAGUGUCUCCUUCCCACCUUGUCUCGGAUAUGGCGCAAUGGCCUAUCGAAAGAAGCGCUUCAUGGGCCGGGUCGGAUAGGGGUUUGUGUCAGUGGUGGUCCUGAUUCUAUCGCUUUGGCGUAUCUGCUCAAGCAGGCUCCUAGGACUGACCCUGGUAUGCGUGUCGAGCCUCUUGCCUUUAUCGUGAAUCAUAAUGCCCGCCCCAAAAGUCGCAAGGAGGCUCAUUUUGUCGCCCGCUACCUGGAAAAGCUCGAAACUGUUGUUCUGGAUAUAGACUGGGGCAAAGGUCUGGAUCCGACGAGCCUUCCCGACUUUGAGAUGCUGGCCCGGAGAGCCCGGUAUCGGCUGAUCGCUGGAGAGGCCAUACGAAGAAAUAUCCACCAUCUUUUCCUGGGCCACCAUCAGGAUGACCAGGUAGAGACGAUUCUGAUGCGGUUGAUUCGAAAUCCAAAUACAUCCUUUCUGGGACUGCAAGGCAUGUCCGAGCAAAGUGCAGUACCUUGCUGCGAGGACAUCCGAGGAGCCCAUGAGCUGGAACAAUACGAAAGGUUUCCGCACUGGCUUCAUCAGUUUGACAGAACAAUCUACAACGACAUCGAGGAUAACGAUAGCGUUAACUUUGGGAAACAAGUCACAGUGGCUCGGCCAGAUGGGCUGCUGAUCCACCGUCCCCUCCUACAGUUUCCCAAAAGCCGUCUCCUCGAGACAUGCAAAGAGAACGGCAUUAUAUACCAAAGAGACAAAACUAAUGACGAUCCAACUCUAACUCUACGAAAUGCCAUCCGACAGUUGAGGAGAAGUCAAAGUGGUUUAACACGUGAUCAGCAUCUUCCUAGAGCGCUGCAGGCCCGGUCCAUCCUACAGCUCUGUGACCGGGCACGCGAGUUAGCCUUGUCUCUGGUGGAGCGAGGAACCGAUAUCCUAAGGAGGAUCAAGGUGGAUACUUUCGACCUCCGCUCCGGUAUGAUGACAAUAAGUCUCUCGAAAGGUUUUGUUGCGGCGUGCGAGGCCGAUCCUGCAGCUGGCGCCAAUGCCCUGGCACGCCUGACAAGCGUGGUGAGCUACCAAUCCAGGGACGAUGUGCCCACGCUUGUGCCUCAUGACCGCCUCGUGGACUUCCUUGAAGCCAUGCGAUCUCGCGGCCCGAAAUCUCUUACAAUACAAAAGGUGCUGCUCGAGAUGUUGGAAGUUGAAGGAUCGAGUAUUGAGUUCGAGACAGUUAACUGGAGGCUGUCACGGCCGCCGAUGCGCUCAUCCGAAAUUCGACUAGUCCACCAGGGAUUCCUUCCCAAGAUAGCCCAGGGCGAUAUCGGUCUCGGCUCCAGUUCGACAUGCCAGUCAGCUGUAGAUGCGGCCGAAAGCGUGUGGUCAGAAUGGCUUCUGUGGGACCAUCGAUACUGGGUGCGUGUAAGGGCAAAGAGUGCCGCAAGCCUCUCAGAGAUUAACAUUCGCCCAUACCAGGCGUCUGACGCAGCACAAGCAUUCGGGACAACGGAAAACGAAUCGGCCAGGCUGCGCAGGAUAUUGGCGCAGGCAGCUCCGGGGAAAACGAGAUAUACUUUGCCAGUCUUAACUGUCAGGGGCAGAAUCUCAGUGUUUCCAACAUUGAACAUUAUAAUGCCCGAAGAUCCCUCAAAAGAAAAUGGAUCGACUCUCACUCCACACUCAAUCCUCGAGUGGGAGAUCUGCUACAAAGUCAUGGACCAACCUUUUAUCAAUGAGCAAGUCAAGACGAUCGAAUGGCGAAAUGCGAUGGUGAACAGGCGCUGA